AUGGUGGAUACUCCAAACAGAGAUGGUGAAGAAGCUGCUGCGCCUGAAGAAGGCGAUGCAAAGAUUGACGGUGUUGAACCGGGUGUGGAAGACGACCCAAAGAUAGCCGGUGACGAACCGGUGUUUCCAAAGAUAGACGGUGAGGGGCCAGAGGCUGACGACGGCGCACCAAAGAGAGACGGUGAGGAGCCAGAAGCUGACGACGUCGGCGCGCCAAAGAGGGACGGAGAGGAGCUGACGGUUGAUGAGGCGACGCCGAAGGACAGUGACGAGCCAGUGGCUGAAGACGGCGCGCCGAAUAAGGGGGAUGUUGAAGCAGCGGCUGAUGAGGAAGCUCCAAAGAGUGGGGGAUUCGAGCCGGCGGUAGAUGAAGGAGCGGAGAAUAAAGGUGAGGAAGAAGAUCCAAACAGAGACGAUGAACCACUGGCUGGAGCUCCGAAGAGAGAUGAAGACGGAGUUGAGGAAGCUCCGAACGGAGAUGGUGCUGAAACAUUCGCUGAAGAAGAAGUAGUUGCGAAUCCGAAAGGAGAAGAGCUAGGAGCAUUGGUAGAUGAUCCAAACAGUGAAGGAGCAGAAGCAGAAGAAGACGCAGCGGUUCCAAAUCCAAACGACGGAGAUGAAGAAGCAGCGGAGGAUCCGAACCCGAAUCCGGUGGAUGUUGGGGCUCCGAACCCAAACGAUGGAGUUGGGGAGGAAGCCGGAGCUGAUACGGUGGAUGUUGGGGCUCCAAAUCCGAAUGAUGGAGUUGUGGAGGAAGCCGGAGCCGAUACGGUGGAUCCGAAACCAAAUCCGGUGGAGCUAGGGUUUGAAGAUUGGUUGAAGGAGAAACCUAGUGGUGAUGCGGUAGAUGAAGCAGAAGAGGAUCCAGUGACGGAAGAAGAUCCGAAGGAGAAACCUCCACCGGAGGAUUGA